CGCACAUUGAUUACAACUCCAGCAAAGCACAUAUGUAGGUGGUCGUGUGAGUAUUCUUUCAAGGCUGGUCUCUCAUCUGAAUAACGAUCAAUAUUCCUUUAUUCCCGGUUCACCCCUCCACGUCGGCGAUAAGCUCAUUGAUGAGAAAUCCCGACGUCUUGGGUUUCUACCCCACCAUUACAUAGCAAGCGCUUUUUCCUCCUAGAUCAUCAUCAAGUCUUCAUGUUUUGCCAGAUUUUCACUUCAUAACAGAAAUCUGCAAGCAGGCUGCAGUUCCCCUACAGGUCCUCAACAAAUACGACGCAGCAAUUAUGACCCCGCAACCUGACCUUCCAGAUCCUGCACAUCACGACGUCGACUCGAUGUUGAGCAGGAAAUUUGGACGUGAGGUUGCCAAUUACUUCUCUGGCAGCCCUCUGAAUAGAGUAUCCUUUCUCCGCGCAGACCACGCCUUCAUCUCGAAAGCUCUCGUCCAUCCCAGCACGUCCUUCCUCCUCUUCAACGAUCUCGCACCCCUCGCUCACGAUAUGACGAAAUUAGCAUAUGCGACUCAUGAAGAGAUUAAACCUUUGAUUGGCGAGAAUCCAUUCGAGAAGACAGAAGAGCAAAUGAUCAAGGAGUAUAAUUCUACAAUCACACUGCCCUUGGUUCUUUUCCUCGGUCUGGACGAACGGAAGAAGGAAGGAUUCGAGCAUGGAAUAUAUAAGGGCAUACCGUACUUUGCAGUCGAUGUUACACCCAAGGGAACGAUUGAAAAGCAAGCGAAUAGCGUUGUUGAAGCUAUGAAGGCGAAGGGUUUGAAAUUCGUUGAGGGACGAAUGCAUAUGUCAUUGAAUGCCCCAGAAGCUGCUAUAUAUGCUCAGGCCCGCGCUCUACUCGACUGGAAUGCUCGAAAUCCAUUCUGCGGAGGAUGUGGACAACCUACAUUAUCAGUCAACGCUGGAACGAAGAGAGUUUGCCCACCAACAGACUUCGCCGAGUUGCCAACAGCACAAGCAGGAGCUACAACUGUUUCCACGACGCCAAGAGAACGGGCAUCGUGUGCCACAAGACGAGGCGUUUCCAAUUUGUCCUUCCCGCGAACAGAUCCUACUGUAAUCAUGGCAGUUGUUAGCCACGAUGGCAAACGAGUACUGCUUGGACGACAGAAGCGGUGGCCAGACUACUGGUACAGCACACUGGCUGGUUUCUGCGAACCAGCAGAGUCGGUAGAAGAGGCUGUACGAAGAGAAGUCUGGGAAGAAUCAGGAGUGCUGCUUGGUCGUGUAGUGAUUCACUCGACGCAACCAUGGCCAUAUCCAGCGAAUUUGAUGAUUGGAGCAAUUGGACAGGCAUUGCCGGACGGAGAGAAGAUUCACCUCGAACACGAUCCGGAGCUACAAGAUGCGAAAUGGGUAGAAAUGGACGAUAUUCGAGAAGCUUUGCUACACGGUACAAGUGGUCUGGGAGAGCCUCCAUCGGAAGGAUAUAAAGAGGGAGGGCUGAGACUCCCACCCAAGACGGCUAUUGCCAAUCAGCUGCUCGCAGCUGUUACUGGGGGUUUUCUGGAUAUCACCGAGCAAUCCAAGAUUUGAUGUAGAUUAUGGUAAACAUCAGGUUCUAGAUAGAAUAUAGUAGAUAUUUAGACUACACUGGC